UUGCCGGAGGAGGCAUCACCACAGCCCGCCUGCAUCGCUCUGCGCUCCGCUCCGCUCCACUUAUCCGAAUCUGAUCUCGUCUGAGCAUCCACUUCCAAAUUGGGUUGUCAUUUUUUUGACCCCUUUGCUCUUCCCGCGAACAGGUCAACGUGCUCUCUACGGGGACGUUUUUGAAGACCGCUAAGAGAGAGGGAGAGAGCUGAGAGAAAUACAGAAAGAGACAGAUCUGAGAGAGAGAGAGAGAGAGAGAGAGAGAGCUGGCUUCGUGGAUCUUUAGCUAUAGUGUUCCCGUCCUCUCUUCCAAUACUGGACUCGUUGCGUUGGGGUCUGUACCCCUCACCGGUGGCGUUCUGUGAACAGUGAUCUGGAUACUAAACACUGAGCCUUCGAACGGUUGUCCGUUAGCUCAUGUUACAAUCAAGAGCUACGAAGACUAUAUAUCGUUUAAGCGUUUUUUUUUUGUUACAAGAGGAAUCAUAAUUUACCUUAACGAUAUAAAAGCAUCGCUGACCUGGAAUCAAAUUGCUUAAUUUUUCAUUCAUUUGAGGGGAUUUCUUUUUGCUUCCAAGCAAGAACUCUGGACUGUUACAAGGGAGACGACGGUUAUUGUAAAGACACUGCGCUUCCAAUGCCUGGAUCUGUGCGCGACCAUUGCUGCAGCUUCGUGUGAGAUGUGGCGUAUGGUUUCAUCUCUGAGCCGUGAGAGGAGUAACCCCCUCUGAGGUCGUUGGGGUUCAGCAAGAAGUACAUCGUCAAUACUUCCGGGUCACCUUCUUCUAAGGUCAUGUGGACCUCACGCCUGCUCUUCAUCUUCACCUUGUUCGCCCCCCUCACCCUCGCGGUGAGUCGAGCCCCUGUCCCCAUGGCGGUGGUCCGUAGGGAACUGUCCUGUGAGUCCUACCCCAUCGAGCUACGCUGCCCGGGCACAGACGUCAUCAUGAUUGACAGCGCCAACUACGGACGCACCGACGACAAGAUCUGUGACUCGGACCCAGCACAGAUGGAGAAUACUAGAUGUUACCUCCCCGAUGCAUACAAGAUCAUGUCCCUCAGGUGUAACAAUCGUACCCAGUGUGUUGUGGUAGCUGGACCUGAUGUCUUCCCUGACCCCUGUCCUGGAACAUACAAAUACCUGGAGGUGCAGUACGAGUGUGUCCCCUACAAAGUGGAACAGAAAGUGUUCCUGUGUCCAGGUAUCCUACGAGGCGUGUACCAGAGUGAACACCUGUUUGAGUCCGACCACCAAUCAGGAGCCUGGUGUAAAGAUCCAUUCCAGGCCUCUGAUAAGAUUUACUACAUGCCCUGGACUCCCUACCGCACGGACACUCUCACAGAGUACUCCUCCAAGGAGGACUUCAUCGCAGGACGACCGACGACCACGUACAAGCUGCCUCACCGCGUCGACGGGACAGGCUUCGUGGUCUACGACGGAGCUUUAUUCUUCAACAAGGAGCGGACGCGCAACAUCGUCAAAUUCGACCUCCGCACGCGGAUCAAGAGCGGCGAGGCCAUCAUCGCCAACGCCAACUACCACGACACGUCGCCGUACCGCUGGGGCGGCAAGUCGGACAUUGACCUCGCCGUCGACGAAAUCGGCCUCUGGGUUUUGUACGCCACGGAGACGAACAACGGACGCAUCGUGGUCUCGCAGCUCAACCCUUACACGCUCCGCAUCGAAGGGUCCUGGGACACCACCUACGACAAGCGGACCGCCUCCAACGCCUUCAUGGUGUGCGGUGUGCUCUACGUGGUGAAAAGCGUCUACGAGGACGACGACAACGAGGCCACAGGGAACAAGAUAGAUUAUAUGUACAGCACCACCCAGAGUAAAGAAACCUUUGUGUCCAUCCUGUUCCCGAACUCUUACCAGUACAUAGCAGCAGUGGACUACAAUCCCAGAGACAAUCUGCUGUACGUCUGGAACAACUACCACGUAGUGAAAUACUUACUGGACUUCGGGAACAACGACAACAGAUUGGACUUGGUUCCUCCAGUCAUCCAUGGGCCUCCCAAAGUCCCCUCCUCCUCUUCCUCCACCAGUCGGACCACGACCACCCGGUCUCCUCCCUACUAUACCACGGCUCGACCAAUCCUCACCACCUUCCCCGGUCAGCGGUCCCGGACAACCACGACCGCGCGGAACCCUGCCGGUGGUGACGUGGUCGUCCCCGGCGAUAACCAGAUCCCAGAGUUCGUUAACCCCGGUAACGGGCGGUCGGUUCCAGCCAUGGGUGUUCCCCCUCUGCCUCCCCAGCCCCCGGUCAUACCCCCCCAGGACCACUGCUCCCCCAGGGUGACAGCUGAAGUGUCCUGGCCCAGAACCCAGCAGGGACAGAUGGCCAAGCAGCCCUGUCCUGUAGGGACACUAGGCGUAGCUACAUACGUGUGUGUUGCUCAGCAGGGCUACUGGGAUCCCCAAGGCCCCGACAUCAGCAACUGCACGUCUCCCUGGGUCAACCACAUCAUGCAGAAAUUGCGUAGCGGCGAGACGGCAGCCGUGGUUGCCAGGGAGCUGGCCGAGCAGACUAAAGGGUUGUUGCGUCCCGGUGACGUCCCCUCUACGGUGAGGGCCAUGGCCCAGCUGGUUGACCUGCUGGAUGUUCAGCUCAGAAACCUAACCCCCGGGGGCAAGGACAGUGCCGCCCGCAGCCUCAACAAGGUACUGCAGGAGGAGAAAUACUCUCUAUAA